CAAAGCAAGAUGAAGGAUUUCGUGUUGUUGCUUCUCUUUUACCAUGUUGUAUCUCCAGUGAAACACUCCGUGACAUAUUUGCUGACUGAAUCAUCUGGACUCCAAACUUUCCCAGAGUUUGUGGCUGUUACCAUGGUUGAUGAAGUUCAGGCGGGUUGCUAUGACAGCAACAGCAAGAGAGCAGAACCCAAACAGGACUGGGCAAAAAAAUUAAUCAAAGAUCAUCCUCAGCAGUUGGAGUUUUACACUCAGAUCUGUGUGUCUCUCUAUGUAACUCUAAAAACUGACCUUGUCACUUUCGAGCAGUACUUAAACCAAACUGGAGAUGUCCACAUUUUACAGGUUAUGGCUGGCUGUGAAUGGGAUGAUGAGACUGAAGAGGUUAUUGGUUUCACUCAGAUUGGUUAUGAUGGAGAAGACUUCUUAUCAUUUGACCUCAAGACACUGACAUGGAUCGCUUCAAAACCACAAGCUGUCAUCAUCCAGCACAAGUGGGAUCGUGAAAAAGCUCAAAUCUUCAUUAAGAACUUCCUCACCAAUAUUUGCCCUCAGUGGCUGAAAAUGAGUCUGGACUAUGGGAAGAGCUCUCUGCUGAGAACAGACCUUCCCUCAGUAUUUCUCCUCCAGAAGACUCCCUCCUCUCAAGUCAGCUGCUCCGCUACAGGUUUCUACCCUCACAGAGCCGAUAUGUUCUGGAGGAAAGAUGGAGAGGAGCUUCAUGAGGAACGUGGAGAGAUCCUCCCCAACCAUGAUGGAUCCUUCCAGAUGAGUGUUGACCUGAACGUUUCAUCAGUCUCACCUGAUGACUGGAAGAAGUACGAAUGUGUGUUUCAGCUCUCUGGUCAAAAGGACGACAUCAUUACCAAACUGGACAAAGCUGUGAUCAGGACCAAUUGGGAGAUACUUACAGAUAUGACCAUCCCCAUCAUUGCAGUGGUUGCUCUUGCUGUCAUCCUUAUAGCUGCUGCUGGAUUCAUGUUUUACAAAAAGAAGAGAGCUACUAACAACAUCACUGAGCUCUCUGAGCAACUGAAUCCAGAAGCCUGAGCACAGUGAGAGACUUCAUGUGGGACGAAGAAAAAUGAAAGACUAUUAUUCACACUUCCAGUUAACCAAAGCUGCCCACUUCUGUACACAAAAUACAAAUUGUUUCUUAAUUAAUUGUUAAACUUCUGUGUCACAUUCUAGCUGGAAAAAAAUCUUUAACUGAUGAUGAUGAUAGUACAUUGAAAGCAUAGUAGAUAAAUUAAGUCUGGUUACCAAUAUAUUCCAAAAUGUGAUAUUUUAGAUCUAAAUCAAUCAAUCAAUCAAUCAAAUGUGUGUUUUUGUGAUUGUGUUUUGUGCCUCAUUAUAUCAUGGAGACUGAAGUAUUCACAUAUUAUCUAUGUCUGCCUGAAAAUAUACAUUUAUAUUUUACUAGUGCCCGUUCAAAACGUGCCUGUUCGGAACGGGCCAAUUUCUCAAUACCUAGAGAGAGUUGUGCCCCUCCCCUAAACGCCUCUCAUGCAGACUAUUGGUAGACACUACAAUUUACCAAUGCUCCCUAAACAUCUCACAAGCAGAAUAUCUGGACACUACAAUUUUGAGUUGAGCUGAAGUUGAUCGGAUGAACUGUAAAGCCCGAUUAAAACCUGCCUGAGACUUGAAGUGUGUGUUUAAAUUCAUUCUCUAUGGUAGUUCUCAUCACUACGGAUGUAAUCCCAUCUCGAACCACAAUGUGGGUUGCAAUGGCAGAGUGGCGCUGUCCGUAUUUCUACAUGUUGAAUCCAUGUGCAGAAGAAUGAGCAGAAGCAACGUUGUUUAUGAGGUAUUUUUACAUAUUUCUGAAUGUACCUGAGACAUCCAACACUAAGUCUUGAAUGUACAUGCCAAGUUUCAUUCACAAUUACGUUACACAGUUCAAUGGUAGAGUUUAAGUCUUUUAAACGUUUAUCAACUCAUUAUCACUACAGAUGUAAUCCCACCUCCGACUACAGUGUGGGUUGCAAUGGCAGAGUCAUGCUGUCCAUAUUUACUAUUACUUUACUAUUUCGUUGAGUUCACAGGCAGUUGAAGAAGCAAAUCUUUGUAAAAACAACAUUAUUUAUUAGGUAUUUUUUAUAUAUUUCUGAACGUGCCUGAGACAUCGAGCACUAAGUCUUGCACGGUGGAACUGUUCUCGAGAUAUGUGAAGGACAAACUCACAAACAUACAUACAUACAUACAUACAUACAGACAGACAGACUGAUUCCUUGCUUUAUAUAGAGAGAUAUUUGUACUUUUAUACGUUUGUAAUGUAAGCUUGUAAUCCAUAUUUUGAAAUGGGUUUAAUCAUUUUGAUCAUCUUAUCUUUCCAAAUUUUCUCAAUACUGUCUGUUAUUUUAUUGUUUUUUUUAUUGGCACAAUGUCUCUGUUUGGUUUCUCAACAUGCAAACAUUGUUGAUUACAUAAAUGAUUGUCAAAAUCUGAUACCCUGCUGUUUCACUCCUUUUGUGCUGUUUUUUUUCUGCUUUUGCUUUUGCUUUUCAAUAAUAGAGGCCUUGCCUGGCAGAUUCACAUGUCAGAGUUCACCUUUGUUAAACUUUACCAGGCAGAUGUGCUCGGUUGGUCAAAUGAAACACUGUUGCACUGUGUUUGGAAAUAAAAAAGUUAUUAUAUUAUUA